AUGAGUGACGUCGCGCCCAAGACACUGUACUGCAUCCGCCACGGAGAGUCCACGUACAACGAAUGGCGCAAGAACAGUUUCUGGAACUUCUCGUGGCUGUGGGUGCGCGACCCGAUGAUCGUUGACGCACCACUGAGCGACAAGGGGAAGAAACAGGCGCUGGAACUCCAUGAACUGAUCACUGGAAAGCAGUUGGAAGCGAAGAUCCAAGUGAUCAUAACGAGUCCAUUGACGCGAGCGAUUGAGACGACAAUUGGCGCAUUUCCAGACACGAAGGUCCCCAUCAUUGUCGAGCCUUCGUGUCGGGAGAUGCUAGACACUGCCUGCGACAUCGGUCGUGUACCCACCGACUUGGCCCAGCAGUUUCUUCGUCGAGACGACAUUGACUUUUCCUCGCUGGAUCCGUGUUGGUGGCUAGAGACGGGCAAGUUCAUGCCGCACGAAGAGGGGCAAGCACUGCCAGCCAGCAUCGUAGCGCCAAAGACGCCGGACGAAGUGAGGGUGCUGCGUGAGACUGUCGAGGAGCUGGACGCACGGAUUCGAGCGUUUGUGUUGAAGCUGCGAGCGCGACCAGAGCAGCACAUUGCCAUUGUCGGCCACUCGUCGUACUUCAAACGCAUGCUGGCAAUGAACCGCAAACUCAACAACUGUGAGCUGCAUGAGACGUCUCUGGGUGACAUUCAGCUGCGUGACGCACAGCAGUAG